CUUCAGUAACCACUUUUUCGCAUUCUAGGUAUGAUCCCGUUAUUGAUUGUUCCUGCGCCGGUAACGCAGAAUCUGUCAUCCCUCGUCCUCCGCUCUCGAGCAUCUACAGCGUAGGACACCGUCAGCCAUGGCCAACAGCACAAGCACCGGCACGAGCGGCUUUCCAAUCCAACCUGUAGACUUCAGUUUGGGCGAUCUGCAACGAGCUCGAGAGUUCUACCACUACCUCCAGCCAGACAAUCUCAUUCACCCAGACUCUCGACGCCCCGACUCACUCUUCGACCUCGCCUCCGACGAUGUCCCUAGCCUUAGCGAUGCCCUGGCUCCCUUCUGUCAGCUUGCGGUUCUCCGCUGCGACUGCAGGAAAGCCAUGCUCAACGUGAUGGACCGAGACCUCAUGUACUUCCUGGCCGAGGCUACGAAGGAAUCCAAAGGAAAAGGAGACACAACAUAUGAGUUCGUGGAAGAUCCCAUACUCACGAGGUGCAGUUCGGUGCCAUUGAAGGGGAAAAUAUGUGAAUUGACCAUCAAGUCACAAAGUGCCGAAGGAUCGCAACCUACACCAAUGUUUGUGAUCCCGGAUCUGUCGCAAUCCGACUUCUCUGAAAUGGAAAUUGUUACUGGCCCUCCAUACUACAGGUUCUAUGCCGGUGUCCCAAUCACCACAAGAGAAGGCAUCAACAUUGGCAGUCUUGCGGUUAUGGACACCAGACCUCGCCCCGAUGGCCUAACGGAUGACGAGGUGAAGUUUAUGGCCAAUUCCGCGCGACAAAUAAUGCAGCAUCUAGAAAUCAACAGACAGGCAAUCGAAGGGAUGCGGUGUCGCCGCCUAGCGGAAGGUCUAGAAGCUUUCAUCGCUGGGAAAAAAACCAUCCAAUUGUUUGCGCACCAAGUGGAGAGAUCCAUCAAGAGACGAUCCAAAAUGCUCAAUGGCAGCGAGCCACCGAAUGUCGACGGAAUGCGAGAGCGCCCAUCGUCAAGCGAGUACCGUUGGGCAGCUCAGAGAAUAACAUCUUGGAACUCCCUUGGCGACAAUGACAGCACAUCAGGCCAUUCAUCAGAUUCGGACGAUGGGUGGGCCAAAGUUGAAGACGAUGCGGAGUCGCGGUCGCAUAUCAAAACCUUUGGUAGAGCGGCCAACAUUCUCCGCGAGUCCUUUGGUGAUAUUGGGGAGGACGGCGCAGUAACAUUCCUCAGUCUAAACCCGACCGCCGAGAAAACCCCUGUCCGUGGCCAAAGGCGUCGAUCGAUACCGUUUCUACCAGCCUCAAAAAAUGCCCACCAAAAGCCACCCUCAGAUGGAGAGAAAGCCAGUGCUAUCCCCCAAACGACGGCAAGUCGGCCAUGCUUUAUUGCGUACUCGACGCAGACGGAACCUUAUCUUCCAGAAAAGGAAGUGGCACAUGUGAGAGGCAUCGAUGAUGAAAUGCUGCAAAGCCUGAUGCGACGGUAUCCCGGGGGGAAACUGUGGUCCUUGGACAUUAAUAACGUCUCGUCCUCGGAAGAAGACAGGACUGUACCCAACUCUCCGUUACGCCCUCGCAAAAAGAGCAGACGAAAACAGUUAGAGAUGGAUGCCUUGAGAAAGGAAUUCCCUUCCGCUUUACAAGUGCUCUUUGCUCCCCUGUGGGAUGCCAGUAGUGGGUCGUUUGCUCAUGCUUGUUUUGUCGCGACAACACUAGACACAAGAUCCUUCAGUUCUACCGUCGAAUUGCCUUUUCUCAACUCAUUCUGCAGCACCUUAAUGGCGGAGUGCAGUCGACUCGAUACUAUGGUAGCCGACAAGCAAAAGAGCGACUUUGUCGGUACUAUCUCGCAUGAAAUGCGGUCCCCUCUCCACGGAUUGUUGGCCAGUGUGGAGUUUCUCACCGAGACCGAUCUCACGGGUUUUCAGAGGUCUCUUGUUGAUACGAUUGACUCAUGCGGUCGGACUUUGUUAGACACCAUCAACCACGUUCUUGACUUCUCCAAAGUCAACUCGUUCCAGAGGGUAUGGCAGGCGUCGAAUAAGAAGUCGCACAGUUCCAAACGAAACAACUUUUUAGGCCCCGAAAACUCCUCUAAGCCACUAUCCCAUGGUGCUCCUCCUCUGCUGCAACUGUUCGGUGUUACCGAUGUCUCUGCUGUCCUGGAGGAAGUGGUGGAUGGUUUGGUCCUUGGUCAUACGUACAAUUCUGGGAUCGACAUAACAGACAUUUCUCGCCACGCUCGAGGGCGAGGGACCAGACUUGGCAAACAGGAUGGAUUGGGCCCGGAUACUGUUGACAUCCUGAUUGAUGUUCAGCAAGCUGACUGGAAUUUUUUGACACAACCUGGAGCAAUCCGACGCAUCAUCAUGAACAUCACUGGAAAUGCCAUCAAGUAUACCAGUCAAGGGUCAAUACAUGUUCAGCUACAAUUGAAGUCAUCGACCGAGGAUGAUGGCAAUGAUCUGAUGGUUUUCACGGUAAUGGAUACUGGCAAGGGAAUAUCUCAAGAGUUUCUCUCGUCGAAGCUUUUUGUACCAUUUGCUCAAGAAAACUCACUGGCACCCGGUACCGGCUUGGGCAUGAGUAUCGUUAGAAGUAUCGUUCUCAUGCUUGGUGGUACGAUCAACGUGAAGAGCAAAGUUGAUCAAGGAACUACGGUCGAGGUGAGCCUGCCUAUGAAGAGACCUCUACCAGGUCAAACCUCAACCCAGACAACGCCCUGGUCUGGUGGGACAGUGUCUUCUACUGCCUCGGGUGGAGAUGACAGUAUCACCUUUCUCCACGCCAAUUCAGCAAACGUUACAAUGACCUUCUACCAGCCCGUGCCCAAUGUGGACGUUGAGUUGAGUCAAGUGAUCAAGUCAUACGUCCAGGAAUGGUACAAUCUCGACUUUGUCGAUUCCGUGCUCUACAAGACAUGCACUGUUGUUCUUGUGAGAGAGGAACAUUUGGAGAAGCUGAUCGAGGAUACUAUGGGAACGCCGGGAAACCGCCCUGCUCUCAUAGUGAUGUGCUCUGUCUCGAGUAAACACAGCGCCGCGUUGCUACAUUCUCUCGAACAACGGAUAGCGAGCGUGGUGGAGUUUGUUUCGACGCCGUGCGGGCCCCAUAAGCUUGCCCGUAGUAUACGCAUAGCUUUGGAUAAGAAGCAAGCUCAGAAUCCUCAGUUCGCCGCGCCUUCUCAGUCCGCACCUCCUCCUGCCAGCCCAGCAACCACCCGAACAGCACUCGAGUCAGUCACGGAGGAGUUGCGUGACAUGGACUUGAACCCUCCUGGCCAAAACGACAAGGCGAAAGUGGUGCAAGCGACCGAGACUUUUGCAGCGUCACAGGCCAGUCAAAACGCACAGAUGGCGCUUCACGAGCCCAUCACAGCUCUGCGCACGCCCCGGACUCAUGUUAGCGAAGGAGAUUCAUUUCCAUUUCCCAUACAGACGCAGGAUGCAUCAAGGGUGCGUCGCGAGCGGAACAGGAGCAUGUCCGGAAAUGGGUUGUCUCAAAAUACUCCCAGCAAUGGAACCACGCCACUCGAAGCGCCUCGGCCUUCCCAUCUCUUGACCGAGUUGAAACCUGAACGUAUCGACCCUCACGUUCUCCUGGUAGAUGACAACAAAAUCAACCUCCGACUCCUGGAGACGUAUCUGCGGACGAAGAGAAAAUACACGCGCAUCUGUCAGGCCGAAGAUGGUGAGCAAGCGGUUGAUGCCGUCAGGCAAGCGCAGGUACCGUUUGACGUCAUCUUUAUGGAUAUUUCGAUGCCCGUGAUGAACGGCUUCGACGCGACAAGGGCGAUUCGCCAGUUCGAGGACAGCAGGAGUAAUGGCGGCAGUUCCGACCCAGGCGCGAUGAUCAUUGCGCUGACGGGGCUUGCAAGCGGCAAGGACCAGACCGAGGUGUUUGACUCUGGGUGUGAUAUUUACAUGACGAAGCCGGUGAGUUUCAAGGAGGUCGGGAAGUUGUUGGAUCAUUGGGAAAAGCAUCAGAGUCUGGCUGUUGAUGUGGAUGGGAUUACGGGCGGACUGGGUCAAUCUCACUAGUGUGACACUUGGUCGGCAACAUUGAGAUUCAAGCUGGCUUUGAAGAGUCAGUGAACGGGUGAACGAUAGAGUCGGAAAUGGUAUUUUGUCGAAUGGGCAUGAAUGGCACUGUCACGAUUUCAACGACAUGGGUUUACGAGAAAUAGGAGUUUGGCGUAAGAAUGGUGUUUUGAUAUGGUUGCAUGGUCGUUGAUGCGGUUUGACACAUCAACAGUAUGUGUACGAAGGUAUAUGCUUUGGGUGGCACGUUUUUUCCCUUUUCUGACAAGGGAUUUUGCAGUUCCGACGAUUCAGGCUUUGUUUUACUGAUGACACGAUAUUGUUUGGCAAGGGAAACGAGAAGAUAUCUGGGUCGGAAUGGAGCUGUCCUUUGCCGUACGAAGUAUGAUGGGUAGUAUGAAGUAUGGUCGGUCAGUCAUGGAGGGGACCUUGAUAGGCAUGAAUUGAGAGAAAGAUGUUGCACAUUCUGAAUACUUAUUUACCACAUCGUCAGAGUGUAGCAGUCUUAUACUACGUACUCGUUAGAUUCCUGUGUUGGAG